CCGCCUCUAUCCGGAAGCGAGCUGUCAUGUGAUUUGUUUGUUGGCGAUUUGCUGUACGAAGCCGCAUCAUUUCAUUACAGCAACAAACAAACGCUUGUCCCGGGUAAUUCCCCCAUUCCCCCUAUCUCCUUCUCCGCGAUGGACGAAACGAGCCCGCUAGUCUCUCCGCUUCGCGAUUCAAACGAUUUCAGCUACGGUCCCACCGAGCCGACGAGUCCCCGGGGUGGAUUUGGAGGCACGCCGGGCUCAGUGGUGCGUCUGCCGGCUGGGAGUCCCGGACGGAGCCGCGAGCGACAGCCGCUCCUGGACCGCGAUCGAGGUUCGUCGCCGCGGGACCCGCACAGGAACGAGUUCCCGGAGGACCCGGAGUUUAGAGAGAUUAUCCGGAAGGCAGAACGGGCCAUCGAGGAGGGCAUUUACCCGGAGCGCAUCUAUCAGGGCUCCAGCGGCAGCUACUUCGUCAAAGAUUCAACAGGGAAGGUCAUCGGAGUCUACAAGCCAAAGAACGAGGAGCCGUACGGCCAGCUGAACCCCAAGUGGACCAAAUGGCUGCAGAAGCUCUGCUGUCCGUGCUGUUUCGGCCGGGACUGUCUGGUGUUGAAUCAGGGUUACCUGUCAGAGGCCGGCGCCAGUUUAGUGGACCAGAAACUAGAGCUCAACAUCGUGCCACGCACCAAGGUGGUGUAUUUAGCAAGCGAGACCUUUAAUUACAGUGCCAUCGAUCGAGUGAAGUCCAGAGGAAAGAGGUUAGCUUUAGAAAAAGUGCCCAAGGUGGGCCAGCGCUUCCACCGGAUUGGCCUGCCACCUAAGGUGGGCUCAUUCCAGCUGUUCGUAGAGGGGUAUAAAGACGCAGAUUUCUGGCUGCGGAGGUUCGAGGCCGAGCCUUUACCCGAAAACACUAAUCGCCAACUCCAGCUACAGUUUGAGAGACUGGUAGUGCUGGAUUACAUAAUCAGAAACACAGACCGAGGAAAUGACAACUGGCUCAUAAAAUAUGACUAUCCGAUGGAUACGUCAAGCAACAGGGUGAGUAACCAGCUGCUAUUUGAGAGAUUAAUGGGAGAUUUUCCUUCCCGUUCUUGUGUGUCAAUGUUGGUGUUUGUGUUUAUCAUUCAGGACAGUGAUUGGGUGUUAGUGAAGGACCCCAUCAUUAAACUGGCAGCCAUUGACAAUGGUCUGGCCUUCCCUCUCAAACACCCGGAUUCAUGGAGAGCCUAUCCGUUUUACUGGGCGUGGCUUCCACAGGCUAAAGUUGCCUUUUCCCAAGAGAUCCGAGAUUUAGUUCUUCCCAAGUUUUCCGACCCAAACUUCAUCAAAGACCUCGAGGAAGAUCUAUAUGAGCUUUUUAAGGCAAAUCCGGGUUUUGACCGAGGACAGUUCAAGAAGCAGGUCUCAGUAAUGAGGGGGCAGAUCCUGAAUCUGAGCCAGGCGCUGCGGGAAGGCAAGACGCCGCUCCAGCUGGUGCAGAUGCCGCCGGUCAUCGUGGAGACGGCACGAGCGCCGCAGCGCGCCAACAGCGAGUCCUACACGCAGAGCUUCCAAAGCAGAAGACCCUUCUUCACCUGGUGGUGAUCCGGGCUUUCAUCUGUGUGUGUGUGUGUGUGUAUGUGCAACCUGAUUUUAGUUGCAUUUUUGUUUGUCAUUGGCAUUUUGGGAACAAAUGAAAGUGGGAAAAGAUCCAGUGAUUGACGAGAAGCCUUUUCCACACACACACUUCUGAAGGAGAGCAUUGCCUUGUGGACUGUUACCCCGUAUGAACUUGCAGAAUGACUUGCAUGUCAGUAAGACAGUGAAGGAGAAACUUUCUGCUGUAGUUAAACCUCGACGCUUGACGACUGGAACUACUGCUCAACUCU